AUGCAGUUAUACGUUAAAAGCAUCCCCGAGGGGCCUGGAUUGUACCGCGCAGAGCAGCUGCAGUACCUGUCGGUGGUGAGGCACGGGUGGCCACACCUGAGCGUCCUGACGACCCUCGGCGGAGACGAGAGAGACGACAACGCCCUGACAAGGGCCCUCGAGGGCGGCGACCCCGCGCUACAGGCCCUCGCCAAGGAAGUGGCCGCAGCGGUCCGACUCAACGACUUCGACGGCGUCAACCUGCACUGGGCAGAGCCGGACCUUGAUGGGGACGUCGAGCGGGACGAAAAGGGAUUCAGCACUCUGGUCAAGCUGCUCCGGCAAGAACUGGGCCCGAAAGCCAUCAUCGCCGUGAUGCUUCCCAACGACAGGGAGACACGGAGGGCCGUCUUCGACAUGAGAUCACUGCUAACGAACGCCAACUUCCUGUUCGUGAACACCCACGAGGUGCUCAGUCCUUACUCGGCCCUGACUCGUUUUGCUGGACCUGCGCGGGAGGCUGAGACUGGCGGCAUGUUCAAGACGAUCACCGAGGUACUGCACGAACUGAACACCAACAGCACCCGCAAUCUCUGCUUUACCGUGGGUCUGGCCGGCGUCGCGUACCCCGUGAACCCAGAGGCCAAGCUGGACGUAUACCUUCCACUCAAGAGCAGCGAGGUUGCUGCAGCGGCUGGCGGAGCUCAAGUCGCGGGCCGAGCCACAGCCGAAGCCAGCAAGGAAGGCCGGCCGGUCUCGUACGAAGAAGUGUGCAAACUCAACCUGACGUGUCACCUUGCGUCAGCGGAGAAGAGCUGCUACGACAAGAGGAGAGACUCGUGGUACGGCUUCGUUGACGAGCAGACCAUUGCCUCGAAGGUCACGUGGCUGCUCAAGAACGGCUGGGAGCACCUGUGCGUGGUGGCGUGGAACGUGGACGCAGACGACACGAGCGGCAGCUGCCGGUCAACGGCUGGACCCUAUCCCUUGCUGCGCAGUGUCAGCGGGGCCCUCAUGCAGAUGGCCUACUGACCAGCGUAUCACUAAUGUGUUUCUUUCGUGUUGUAUUAAACAGCGACCAUAUAAUCCCCUGCCAUUUUGUUUUCUUUUUGCAGCUGCAGUCGUCUCGAUAUCGAGCGAGUACUAAGCGCCCCUGGCUCGCGCUAAACCUUAACGAU